AUGACUAACAACUUGUGUAGACUAGCCGCUUUUUGCAUUAGUAGCUUCGGCGCCUUUGCUUUAUCAACACCGCAAAACAAGGACGAUUCGCCGAAGCACAGCCCACCGUCAGCAGCUAUCCUGCCACCGUCACUGUCACUGUCGAGAGCGAGAGACAACUAUGAGAAAGCACGAAGCGUUUCUCACGAGCUACAAAAGGCCUUUGACGACCUCUCUCGCAAGGUAGAGCCCGACCUCGACCCAGAUGAAGAGCGAUACGAGCCCGAUGUGAGAUCCGGCCUUGAGCUUGCGUCGUUGGGGGUUGAGCUAGCCUUGAAGAAAAAGGACGAGCUUCAGCUAGAGCGACAGGUCAUUAUCGAAGAACGAGAUGCCAACCUAAUCCAACCCCACAUAGCAGCGAAACGACUUCGAGACACCGACCACCGAUACCUCUCUACUGGUGAUUAUUUGUGGAAACACAUCUCUGCGUGUCUCUUGGCACUGUACAAAAAGUGCGAUGGCGUUAGCAAGACUGAGAAACGGCCCUCUUCCUUUCGCUCUGACGCGCUGCGGUACUACGAUGGCGAGAUCGGGGGUAAGGUACUUGGCGGCACGGGCAAGGAAGGUGGUCCUAAGAUCAAAGCUGCGCAUGUCGUACCGUUCUUUCUCGACAGCGACGAGCUCGGCCAGAUUGAGAAGUGGUUUGACAGCUACCAUCUUCUCAUCGUACCGGUUGAUGCAACGGAAAACCCCAUCACGCGCUGGAAAGUCGAUGUCAUCUCCUCUGACAUUCGAAACAUAUCUUAUAUUGGACCCAAAGACCUUGGUGGAGACUUGGAUGGAAAGGAGCUGCAAUUCCGCAACGAUAAGCGGCCUGUCUCCCGGUUCAUGUAUUUCCAUUUCAUCAUGGCACUGAUCCGCAUCAAAGAUGUCAAACGUCAGAGAUGGCAGGAUGUUUGGGCUCGGUACUACCAGCAAAGGCCUUUCCCAACCCCAGGCAACUACAUGCGCCAGAGCAUGCUGCUUGCUCUGGCUACCUAUUUUGGAACAGCAGAAAUGCGCGUGGUGGAAUCGUGGAUUGUAGAUCACGGCUUUGAUUCGCCAUUGAUACUCAACGAUGACGAGAGCGCUGAAGCAGCUCGUCGUGUUCAUUUGGCGGUGGAUGAAGCUAUCGCUCGUGCGGAGAGAGGCCUAGAGGGCGAGGACAGCAAGAGCGAUGAGGAGGACUGCGAGAACGAUGAGGAGGACUGCGAGAGCGAUGAGGAGGACAGCGAGAACGAUGAGGAGGACAGCGAGAGCGAUGAGGAGGACUGCGAGAACGAUGAUGAGUGA